AUAGUCGCAAACCGAAGAUUUCCAACAGACUUCCAACAUUCGCUGAACUCGCCUUGUGAAAAAAACACUACACACUCACUCGCCAACAUGAAUUAUCUGUCAAUUGUAUUGGUUAUUGCAUUGGUCGGUUACUCACUGGGUGCACCACAACACGCUCGAUAUGAAUUAGAAGAAGAAUCCGAACAGAUCAACCCAGAACCUCGACAUGAUAGCAACGAAAGAAAUGGUAACACCCAAAGACAAGUUGCAGGCACUAAAGGGGGUAGAAUUCGAAGUUAUGGUAACAGCCAAGGACAAGUUGCAGGCACAAAAGGUGGUAGAAUUCAAGGUUAUGGUAACAGCCAAGGACAAGUUGCAGGCACUAAAGGUGGUAGAAUUCAAGGUCAUGAUAACAAUCAAGGACAGGGUGAAUACCGACAAACGGAACAUAGUGGAUACCAUGCACCAGAACAACAAUAUGGCAAUAAUCCAGGAUGCGAUGAGUGUUUAGAACAAUAUCGCUACUAAAACUUCAAUCACAACGUAAAUGCCAUCCGAAUCCCGUAUAUAUCACUAUUUUCUUGGACGACCUUGGACGUAUUAUAACAGAGUUGUCAAAUAGUAAUAUUAGUUAUUUCAUUAUUACCUAUUUAUACCUAAAUUGUAAAUUUAUUUAUAAUACUGUAGGUACGUUGUUAUAUAAGAUUUCGAACUGUAAAGAUUAUAACUCAAUAUUGUCUAUAUAUUUUUGAUUCGUUAGUGUAAUAUACUAAUAUUCAGUUGUUA